UUAUGUCGUUGUCACAACACUAUAUUCUUACACAUGUGAUAUGUUUUUAUUUCUGUUCAUAUUUUCUCACAUUCAGUCAGGUUAAGCAGCUCCAGGUCGAGAUUAAAGGGUAACUAAGUGUAGUGUUGCAUUAUUUCUCACACAUUUCACAUUUGAAUCAGCUAAGGAGUAGCACCAUUAGUUAUUUAUGGCUAUUAAAGAUAACAUAAGAAGUUACAACAGCCGUGUCUGCAAGUGAGGCUGUUGGACUCCUCUGACUGAUGGGUGUGGACGAAGACGCUUCCCACCCGUCUGACUGUGCGACUGCAGGAGAACCAAAUCUUCUCGGACUGCAGCCGAGGCUAAAAGACAAUCAAGAUGGAUCCGUCCGACCAGAAGCUCUUCACUGUUGUAGACUUUGUGAUAUUUGGGGUCCUGCUCGCCGCCUCUUUGGGCAUCGGGCUGUACCAUGCGCUCUCAGGGGGCCGUCAGCGCACCACACAGGAGUUCUUGAUGGCAGACAGGAGCAUGAAAUGUCUUCCUGUUUCACUGUCGCUCAUCGCCUCAUUCCAGUCCGCCGUGGCGAUUAUCGGGGUGCCGGCAGAAAUCUACACUCACGGCACUCAGUACUGGUUCAUUGGCUGCGCCUAUAUUCUCGGCCUCCUCAUUCCCGCUCAUGUUUUCAUUCCAGUAUUGUACAGGCUGCGGCUGUCCAGCGCUUAUCAGUAUCUUGAGCUGCGCUUCAGCAAAGCAGUGCGCAUCUGUGGAACCUUGACCUUCAUCUUUCAGAUGGUGAUCUACAUGGGCGUUUGUGUGUACACGCCAGCCUUUGCUCUUAACGCAGUUACCGGAUUUGAACUAUGGGGAACAGUGCUGGCCACUGGACUCGUGUGCACCUUAUACACAACAAUAGGUGGUCUGAAGGCCGUCAUCUGGACGGACGUGUUUCAGACUCUUGUGAUGUUUGCAGGGCAGCUGGCUGUCAUCGUGGUGGGGGUGCAGAAGACUGGAGGAGUGUCUGAAGUCUGGAGGAAAGUGUGGGAAGGAAAUCGCAUCUCUGCUCUCGACCUGAACCCGGACCCUACAGAGAGACACACCUUCUGGACUCUGGGGGUCGGCGGGGUCUUCCUCAUGCUGUCCCUGUACGGAGUGAACCAGGCUCAGGUCCAAAGAUAUCUCAGCGCCCGCACAGAGAGGGACGCCGUCAGGUCUUGCUACAUGGUGUUUCCUUCCCUGCAGCUGGCUCUGGCUCUGAGCUGUGUGAUGGGACUGGUCAUGUUUGCAUGUUACUGUGGAGAAGAUCACUCCAACAAGCUGGGCACCGCUUCAAGGGAUGCUAUGGUGAUUUCCUUUGUGAUGGACAUGCUGCAAGGUCUACCUGGACUGCCUGGACUGUUUAUUGCGUGUUUAUUCAGUGCAGCCCUCAGCACCAUCUCUUCUGCUUUUAACUCUCUGGCCACUGUGACGAUGGAAGACCUCAUCAAACCACACUUCCCCGCCAUGACCGAGGAAAGAGCGACCCUGCUGUCCAAAGCAUUAGCGAUGUCCUAUGGGCUGCUGUGUCUGGCCAUGGCCUACCUCACCCAUCUAAUGGGUGAUUCAGUUCUGCAGGUGGCUUUGAAAAUCUUCGGGAUGGUCGGCGGUCCGAUUCUCGGUCUGUUUUGUCUCGGGAUGUUCUUUCCUUGGGCCAACUCCACUGGAGCAUUAGCUGGUCUUGGGGCCGGUCUGGCUAUGGCUUUCUGGGUCGGCAUCGGAAGCAUUGUCACUCGAAGCUCCGGCACAAAAUCGCUCCCGCCCGCCUGCGGAGCCAUCCUGCUGUCAGACAACACGACCACGGCCAUCCAGACUGCACUCAGCAACGUCACUCUGAGUCGACCCUCUGGACUGAAGAGGUUCUAUUCAUUGUCCUACAUGUGGUACAGUGCGUUCAGCUGCUCCACAGUCAUUCUAAUCGGCCUGAUCAUCAGCUUUCUCACAGGCCCUAUGAAAGCGGAAGAUGUGACGCCAGGAACUAUCUAUCCCUUGUCUGGGAAACUGCUCUGUUUUCUACCUGAGUGUCACAAAAAGAAGCUCUGCUGUGCGACCCCUCAGGGACAGACGCUGUCAGCACAACAGAGGCAACCUCCACACCACAAAGAAAGCAACGGACUGGUUUUGUCACAAGAGGACGGACAAUCACAGGAAGAGACGUACGCUUUUCUUCCUCGUUUUUUGGAGUGUGAGACGACCGUGUGACGUCGCAGUCACGCGUCUGGACGAACGAACGAACGGUUAAAGCGUCUUCGCACGAGGCCCCUCGACUGAAACACAUACUUGCAUUUUAGUUUCUUGUGUUGUUGCCUUUGCAUUGUGAAGAUAGUUUAAAUUUGCACUGUCGAACGCUGCAGCGAACAAUGUACAGUCGACACUUUUUCAGUUUUCAGAGACUUAAGUGCAGCUGAGCCUGUUUUAGUUCAAUUUAUUCGUGUCAACUUCAGGUGGGUGAUCACAGAAUCAUGAAAGGAAACUGCACUACAUUGUUUUAUCAGAAUUACUGUAUUACUGCCCUUUACAACAACCAUAAAUGGAUUUACUUUUACAGUUAUGUAAAUGUAUAUGAAAAUGUGUAUUUGAACAUGGUUUACUGCAGCUGUAUGUGAGACGACUUUUGAAGAAUGUGAAACGCAGAAAAAAAACUCUUUUUAUAAAAAUGAUUAAAGAUUUUAUAGAUAAACAUUCA